AUGAAAGCAAAUCCAGCUUUAUAUGUAUUACGUGAAGGUAUACGUAAAGGUUUACAAUUAUAUUCAUCCAAGCCAACAGAACCCUAUUUAUCGUCACAAAACUAUGAUGAAUUGUUCUCCAAUCAAAUUAUUUGGUUCGUCGAUGAUACCAAUGUCUAUCGUGUCACAAUUCAUAAGACCUACGAAGGAAAUUUAACAACGAAACCAAUCAAUGGAGCCAUAUUUAUUUUCAAUCCACGUACUGGACAAUUAUUUUUGAAAAUUAUUCACACAUCUGUGUGGGCCGGACAAAAACGUUUAGGACAAUUAGCUAAAUGGGCGACAGAUGAAAAAGUUGCAGCUUUAAUUCGUUCAUUUCCAUUUGAGGAACAACCGAAACAAAUUAUCGUUACCCGUAAGGGUAUGUUGGAUCCAUUGCAAGUACAUUUACUUGAUUUUCCAAAUAUCGUCAUCAAAGGCAGUGAAUUACAAUUACCAUUUCAAGCCUGUCUUAAAAUCGAGAAAUUUGGUGAUUUGAUUUUGAAAGCAACUGAACCACAAAUGAUUAUAUUUAAUCUAUACGAUGAUUGGUUGAAAUCGAUUUCGUCUUAUGCAGCAUUUUCACGUUUGAUUCUUAUUCUUAAAGCACUGCAUGUUAAUAACGAUCGUGCUAAGAUGAUUUUAAAACCCGAUAAAACAACCAUCACUGAAAUUCAUCAUAUAUGA